CCUCUCAGUAUCCCUCCCCUUUACCUUUACAAUAAGUUAACAAUACACUCACGAACGACCCACUAUAGCUUUAGAGUUCCAGUAACACGCCAACUAAAAAAAGGAUGGGAGGGGCAAACACGACACGGUGUACGUUUACGGUCUUUUGCAUUCUUUCGCUUUCGGUAAGGCGAUCAGGCUUUAACAAAAACAAAAAACACGCACAGAAAAGAGGCAACGGAAGACGCGCAGCAGAAAAGGCACGUGCCCUCUAGACUAUUCCCCAGAGUAUUUAUUAUUGAAUCUAAGCGAAAUAUUUGGACAGAAUAUUAAGUCCAGCAGUGACUUCCUCGGUUGAGAGCAACAAUACAUAGGAAGUCCUCAAAACUACAGGAACACAAGCUGCGUCGCUAAGAAUCAAAAUGAACUUUCAAGAAGAGGAAGAGGAUGAGAAGGACUACGACCCGCUUGAUACCACCCUGAAAUUUGUCGACAGGAAUGAUGAAGUGGAUCAGUUUGCAUAGCUGAUAUAUUUGCUGUUGACCACCUCAGACACAGAUGAACGCUAUCUCAGAGCAGAGAUGUCCUGCGGCCACGCUGUCACUGCUGAAUCGCUGACAAACUGGUGUCGGAGCCAGCUGGACCAGGGGGAAUACAUAUUCAGAUGUCCUGCUUUGGUCGAAGGUACCAAACUGUGCAACAAAGAGCUGCCGUACCGAGAGGUUCGCAGACUGGCGAAUCUGACUGUUGAAGAAAUGAAGCACUUUGAGGAGACCAUGGGCCGCCUGACUGCUACAGAAAACUGCAAGGUUCAGACAUGCCAACAGUGCCAGACAAACAUGGAGAGGAAGGAUCUGUCCAACCUGUGCGUCCAGUGCGUCGUAUGUAGAGCGGAUCGGAAGGAGACCUACCUGUUCUGCUGGCAGUGCUUGAAGCCGUGGAAAGGUCCAGCCCCUCGAUCUGACCGCUGCGGCAACGACGGCUGCGUCAACAGGGACCUGGAAGUUCUCCAGACAUGCAACUCUGUCAGUCUACCCCAGGUAAAGGGCGUCACCAGCUGCCCCUCUGUCCAGGUCUGCCCCAAAUGUGGCAUCAGGGUGGAACAUAACCGAAAGAACUGCAAAAGUAUUCAUUGUCCUCGGUGCCGUGUGGAAUUCUGUUUUGUCUGCCUGAAACUAAAGGUUGAAUGUUACAAGACCAGUUCACCGUACGGCAUGUGUAGUAGUGGCGUCGCUCCCAGGCAGACCUCCAUCCCUGUGUGGAAGAAAACAUGAGGACAAGGGCCUCGUCUUUAUUUCAUGCACAAUUUAAGAUGUUUCAGGUAUACUUCUAAAUAACAGCCACACAAAUAAUUUGAUAGAGAUUGAUACGACACUAUAACUAAAACUUUGAUAUUCGCUAUAUAAACAACACAUUUGUGCUAUGUGACCUAGUAUCCAAAGCCGCUAAUGUUCUUUUUGCACAAUCCCUGAAUGAUAUUUGAUCGGUGAGUAUUAAUCAUCAGAACGUAGCAUACAAAAUGGGACGUAGCAUACCCAUCAUCAGUGUGACUGUGGCUAAAAUUACAGAAAUAUCAGCAUCAUGAGCUCUUUAAUCAGUUUCAUAAAAAAUAGAAGUCUGAAUUUUAAAAUCUAACAACUAAGAGAACAUAAACCUGAUCUCAAGUGUAGCUAUUUAAACUUUAUACAAUAAUAAAGGGGGCUAGUUAGCCCUGAUGCCUCCCAGUGAGAAGGUCUGGGCUCAGGUCCCAGAAAGGUUCGGGCCUUCCUGGGUGGAGUUUGCAUGUUCUCCCUGUGUCUGUGUAGGUUUUCUCUGGGUACUCUGGUCUCCUCCCACCUCCAGAGACAUGCUCGUUAGGUUAAUUGGUGACUCUAAAUUGACCCUAAGUGUGAGUGAGAGUGGUUGUUUGUCUCAGCUGGGAUAGACUCCAGCAACCCCCGUGACCCUAGUGAGGGUCAGCAGCAAUAGAGGAUGAGAUGAGAUUAAACAAUAACGAAAUAAUUAAAACAGAUUAUGAGACGAUCUUUAUUGUUGUAAAAGUAUUGUAAAAGAAAUUUGAAUUAAAUCAUGUGGUCUCUUUUAUUUUAAAUUAACAAUUGAAUGAUCAUUGUCACCUUGUUCAAUAAACACAAAAGCAAAGUU